CCGUGUCGCCAUCUUCUGGGACUUUGAGAAUUGUCCAGCGCCCUCUGGUGCUUCAGGGUACGACCUUGCUAGUAGCAUCCGAAACUGUGUCCAGUCGUUCGGUCCUAUCAAGCUUUUCAAGGCAUAUAUAGAUGUGUCGGAGCAAUCAGCAGGCCAGCGGGGGUCAUGUCUUCGCUCCGAGUUGCAACUGUCUGGUGUCUCAAUGACUGAUACGCCACAUAUGGGGCGGAAGAAUGUGGCCGACCAGAUGAUUAUUGGUGAGCACCUUCCAACAUGCAGCUCAAAGUUCUCACUGUAGAUCAGUGGACAUGCUUGCAUAUGCAUUUGAUAAUCCGCUGGCCUCUACCACGAUCGUGUUAAUAACUGGAGACCGAGACUUUGCGUACGCAGUAGCCAUUCUCCGUCUGCGUCAAUUCCACGUCGUGGUGAUCUCACCUUCAGUCCCAUCGCCGCACGCCAGUCUGACUGCACAUGCAGCAGUAUGUAUAGACUGGAAUACAGCAAUCAUGCAGAAUAUAGGAUUGGAGGCCUCGGCUUCUCAGCCUGCUCCACCAGAUCGAACGAAAACAGAGUCACCACCGGAUUCUGCUCCUGUUGCCUGUCCACCGACACAGCCAGUGAAUUUGGGUCCUACAAAUUCGUCACAGCUACCCCAACCAAACCUUCCCUCCAUAUCUGCUAACCCGCUAAAGCCCACUCCCCUUGAAAUAAACAGCCGCUCUCGCUCUGCUGAUCCCAUUCACAGAACUCACACUCCUGAUUCUAUGGACAGUUCUACGCCUGCACCAACAUAUACUGCUCAGCUGCCACCAGUUCCUCGGGUUCCACUCGAGCCGCCUGUCCAGGUGCCACAAUCUGGCCUCCAGCUAGGCGGUGACCACAACUGCAUGCCCCCUUCACAUACCCCUGUCCCAAGAGCACAGCUCGCCCGAAAUUUAUCGAUGCCAGUACAGUUUCCUUCAAUUGCGCCAGGAUAUAUCGCCACAUCGCCCAUCAUGGCACCUUCCACUGUAUCGGGAGUUACGUCAACCUUUCCCUCUAUCUCCGCUCCCCUGUAUCGUCCAGUAAAGACGUCUGAAAUGGUCCCUUCCUCGUCGCCCAAGGUCCCCCCUGCACGAUUUUACGGCCUUGUGAGACUUCUGGAGGCUCAUCGUCUGAAUGGCGCGUCUCGUCCUUCCCGUUCAACUAUCGCUCUUGAGCUGGUCAAGUCGGAUAAAGCGGUUUACAAGAAAGCUGGAGUGGAGAAAUUCGGACAAUACGUGGCCCUGGCCGAGUCCGAGGGCAUUGUAGAACUUGGGGGAAUGGAAGGAGGUGCUUGGAUAGGCCUUCGUACCGAUUGGUAUGGGUGUGUCGUAGGCUAAUAGAGCACUCGGCAUUCUGAGGGCGACCGUGUGCUCCUUUUUUCUCACGGUACUAGCUGACGUUCCCGUGUGUGCAAAGUUGACAAUUUAUGUAUUAAGGUUCAAGGGUGUUUUCGACUAUUU